CCGGCUGGUGGCGGUAUGCACCACCUUGUUCACCAGCCGAAACCAAAAUCAAGAAGAAGAAGGUCCAAGAUGGCGGCCUCCACGGCGUCGCGUGAACUCUUCACGGAGGGAGUUCGGGCGGUUCUUCAGACGUGGCCGGUUCUACAGAUCGCCGUGGACAACGGCUUUGGAGGCGUUUACGGCCAGCAGAAAGCUGAUUGGAUGGUGGAUGUCGUUCAGCAGUAUUUCCAUGACAACGCUGACCUGCAGCAGUAUGAGGUGGAGGAUUUCCUGUCUCAGCUGAUGGAUCAGGAGUUUGAUACGGUGGUGGAGGACGGCAGCUUACCUCAGGUGUCGCAGCGUCUGCUGCAGCUGUUCUCCCUCUGGCAGCAGGGGGCGCUGCAGCAGCUCCGCAGCACCGUCCACACGCUGACUCAGAGCAAGACGCCAAGGGCAAAGGUCACGGCUCCGCCCGCGCAGUCGGACGAUGAGGAGAGCGACGGCGAAACGCAGGGCAUGGAGUGUGAGGAGUCCCGCCCGUCCCUCAGCACCACACGUCCUCCUCCUCAGGAUGAAGAGGACGGCUGGACCGUGGUCCGGAGGAAGAAGUGACGAGCAGAACCAGAACUUUACAAACCGGACUUGAACUGGACUUUACUGUGGAGCCGCCAUGUUGGGGGCGGAGCCUCCAGGAAGGUGCUGCAAACUCCAAAUGAUCCGGUUCUGAUGGACUAGUUGGAUAACUGUCUUUGUUUAUUCAGAACAUUAAAAUGGGUCAAAUUAAACAGAACCAAUCAAUUUAAAAAUAUGAGUCCAUUAAAAAUCUUUGCAGUUCUGAUCCGUCCUGGUUCUGCUCUCAGGUCCAGCAGAACCAGGUGGAAACUUUUAGGAUGACGGAUCCAAACUGAUCUAGUACCGUUACAGAACCACAUGCUAGCAUAUCAGACUGGACCCGGACUCUCUGGUUCUGACCCGGACUCUCUGGUUCUGUGCUGCUUUAGGUCAAAUUCUGACUGGUUCUGGAUGAUUCAGUUCUUUGAAGCUAAAAAUAUUAAAAUAUUUUAUUAUUAAUAAUGCCACCUGGCGUGUAUGGAGAUUAUCCUACUGGUAAAGGUAAUGUAUUACCUUUGGUCAUACAUUACCUUAAUGUAAUGUAAUAUUUUCACUAAAAUCAUGAAGUCGUUUUUCAUGGAGUUGUUUACAAUAACUGCUCUUAUUCUGAAAGGUAAGGUGUGAUGUCAUCUCUGCUCAUGAAUAAUUAAUUAGCGCUGCUGGCCAUUGUGUUGACAUUUAACCCCCUGCAGUCUGUAUUCAGAGCUGAAUUUAAAUAAAGAUAUGAAAACAUAA